AUGGCUGUUGGGCAAGUGGUGUACUUAUCACCUUCCGUAUCCGCCGAAAAGGCCAGGCUUAAAUCAGUAGACAACCGCACUAAUACCACAGCCACUACCACAGGCAGUAGCAGUGGCACCAUUGGCACCAGUGGCAACGGCAGCGGACCCCGCAGCAGCAGCAGCAGCAGCAGCAGCAGGCAGAUGGUACACGUGGAGCACGUGGCGCUGGGCCGGCCGCACAUGGUGCACUACGUGGACGUGCACCUGCCGUGGUCGCACUCCCUCUGCGCCUGCUGCCUCCCCCGCAUGCUCCGCCCCGCCCCGCCCAUCACAUUCCGCAUCUCAAGCCUGGCCUCGCUGCGCAAGCACCUGCAGCAGCCCGUGGCGAAAUCCAUGCCGCCUUUCCGCCUCGCCAACAAACCCACGCCGCCCAUCCUCGCCUACUCCGCCACCGUCCCGCUAUCCGCCCCUCCGCGCCGUUUUCCACGGCGCCUCUGCUGGCGCAGCAGCGCCGUCGUUGGCGCAGCAGUAUCGGUGGAAGGCGGACGCGGCGCCUGUGGUUGCAGCAGAGGCCAUGAUGCUCGAAUGGCUGGCAGAGCCACGUGUCGGCCUGCUACUGGACCUCCAGGAGGUACGGCGCCGGCUGGCAGAGAUAUUGCACAUCAACGAAUUCGCGGCGGCGCGCAGAGAAGCUAG